CCUGUCUGGGUAGUCUCAUGGUGUCGAGAGUGCAUCGUCUAAAAUGUGUGGCAGCUUAAGCUUUCUGCAACACUGUGUGACUUUCACAGAAAUUCAAGCGUGCUGAUUAUACUUAGCUUGAAGGCGCUAAUAUAACAGUCAGUUGAAAAAUCGAAAUGAUGUUCGUGCAUCCUGUAUAAUUGUAAUCUGCUUCGAAUUUCGUGUUUCCAAUGACGGAAUAUGCUUCACAGCACGGUCACUCAGUGUUUCGUAACACUGACUUGAAGAUAGAUGUUUGUUUACCGACGCUGUUAUAAAAUUAUCUUCGAAAGGGCCUAGUAUAUCGUAUGGCGUUAAGGUCCACGCGAAGAGUUAGGCAGCUGGUGGUGUUAUGAACCUGCAAAGUCUUUUUGAAGACUUCAAUCCUAGUCGUUUUCUAGUGUACUGUUGUUUGUUGGCAUUCACAAUCUUGUUUGCUCUUCGGCUUGAUGGCGUCAUUUCCUGGAGUUACUGGCUUGUUUUUAUGCCACUCUGGAUCUGGAAGUUUGUGGUCAUCACAGGAGCUACUGUUGGCAGCUAUGUAUGGUGGACUCAUCCACAGUACAGGACGGAAAGCGACGGACACGUACACUACAAGGCGAUGGUCAUCAGCCUUCUCCUGCAGCUAUUGUUGCUAGUGUUCGAGGUCCUCGUGUGUGACAACCUCGAGAAUGACCGUCACCUAUGGACACUCAUCUUCAUCCCCCUCGUCUUCAUCUCCGUCUUCUCCAUUGCGGUCUGCAUCUGGGCAGUGAAGCAUGACCGCUCAUUUGAGCUGGAGCUGUUCUGCUCUGUAAAUGUCCUACAGUUCAUCUUCCUAGCACUACAACUUGACAAGUUUAUAACAUGGAGCUGGGUGGUUGUGUUUGUGCCCUUGUGGAUUGUCAUGUGCCUGGCCGUCAUCGGUGUCCUGUAUGCCAUCAUCUUUGCCAGUAUUCUUCUCCGAACGCCGGAAAUCAGUCCGGAACAACGACGUACCAGUCUCCACUCGGCAGUAUCUUACAGCAUGAUUGUGGGGCCCCUGCUCGUCUUUCUGGUGUUGCUGUCAAACAAAUUGGACAGCGACGAAGGAUUGGGCUACACAGAGACGUGUACUCCACUCUACGUCACUUUCCUGGUGCUCAUCCUUCUCUCCUUUGGAUCAAAGGGCGGGAAUCACUGGUGGUUCGGGAUCCGCAAGGACUUCUGCCACUUCCUCCUGAGCGCAUGUCCGUUGCUCCAGGAGUAUGGGAACAUCUCUUACAGCUUACACAACAACGAAGUGGAGGAACGGGGUGUCACUGUUCCUCAUGGGGACGUGUCCAAGGGACCUCCUUUCCAAAAGCCCAGGGUCACAACGCAGCCCGAGCCUAGGCCCAUCAUGCCAGCACUAGCAAUUGACAUGCCAGAUUGAAUUGGGCCUGAGUGGCUAAAUGAAAAGCAUCGAGGCAAUCAUAGUGAGAAAAACUGUACAUACAUUGAACAAGUCUGCAGCUUUUGGUGUUUACAGCACCAUCCUCAGGACUGCCUUCACAUACGGGAAGAAAUUGGACAAAGUUUCAGCAUUUGUUGGACUGGAUCAAAUCUGCAUCUUGUGCUCACAUUUAACCCCACUUUGUUAAAGAUGGUACGUUUUGAUUGCUACAGGUUAUCAAAUGCUCAAGCAAGUAUUUCUUUCUCUUGGUACUUAAAGUGAUGCUGCUGAUUCUCUCUUUACUAAGUCCGAUGAUCAUCCAUUCGUGGCAUUUGAAUUAUUUGAUUUGGCUGAUGGGUUAGUAUUUGAAUGAGCGAUGAAAGAAAAAAAUCCUGCAUGGAGGAUUUCCCACAUUUCAUUGGUCAUCCACAUAGUAAGCAAGUGCGGAAAAAAUUUUGAAUGUCGCAAAGUGUCUCUCCAGCACGCACAAUCUAACGUGCAAUGAAGCGCGCAUAACUUGAGGUGACUGGCAACUUUUUCUUGACUUCAAAUUUAUUGACUGUUUUUGCCAUAGGUAACGUGAGAGUAAGUGGAUGAUGAAACAGUGAUUUUGAGGGAAGGGUUAUUAUUAAAUUUGUACUAGAGAACGGCAAGAACAACUUUUCUUUCUCUCUUCACGCGAGGCAGGGACUGGUGGCGCAAAAUUGAAAAUUUUGUGGAGUGAAGUGGCAUGCUGGCAUGCCUACAUUGAGUACCGUGCUAUGUCCCUUGCUGAGGUAGGUUGCUGCGGAGGACAAUUCUUUAUUGUCAGUUAUGGAUGGAACCUUCAUGAAAUUCCUACAUUGCGGGUGUUUUGUAUUUAUAUACAUGGCUGAUGUACAGUGCGGAACUGACUCCAUGUUAAGCCUUCUCUUUUGUGAAUGUUUGGCAAUUAUUUUUGCAUGGAUGUUUCUUUGUAGGUACCCAGGUAGGUAAGCAAUGUCAAUUGCAGGUAUGGUAUUGUUAAUUCACCCUUAAAAAUGAGGUUCACCACAUAGCAUGCUCCUAGCCAAUCAUCAUCCCAAAUGACAACGUUCUCGCUCCUGAUUUGCUGAAAAUGGGAGGUGGAGCCUAUUCUGUAUCCAUUAUGCACGUGUGUAAUGGGUACAAAAUAGGCUCCGCCACAAGUUUUCAAAAAAUCAGGGGCGAGAACGUUGUCUUUCGGGAUGAUGGUUGGCUAGGAGCAUGCUAUGUGGUGAAACUGAUUUUUAAGAGUGUAGCUGUUGCAGUUUCUAUUAAGGAGAGCACAAAAUGAUUAGCAUGUGUUACUGAACACUAGUCUUGUAAAUAACCUUUGUGUGUGUCUUUAGUUUAUUUAUGAUGUGUUUCAGCGCCAGUGUAUUACGCGAAUGAUAUCAGCUGUUAUGCUGACUAUUUUGUUGAAGCCUCCCAUUCUUGAUGCAAGGAACAGUCAAAACGUCUUUGUGUGCAUACCUGGUGAGAUGCAGUAACGUGUAUUACACAGAAAGCUUACUUCAUGUUUUGUGCGAUUACACUUGCAUUUCACCUACAUGUGUGUGCGAUUGGAGUGUGUCCUGACCCUUUGUCACUUUUAUGCACAAAAAUACGAUGCCAUAAUCUCAAUUAAGCUGCAAUAAAAACUAUUGUUUGUACUGUAA